GUUUGGUUUGAAAGAGAAGAAAGGCGAAGGCGGUAGUGUCGAGAAACGUUGCCAAAUUUUGGCAUCAUUUUGGACAUUUAACUAUACUUAGUAACUAUACUUGGUAAUACUGUUGUCGCCUUUUCCUCGGAUAUCUUGCACAGUACAAAAGUACCACUUUCUCACAAGCGGUUGCUUCUGUCGCCUGCUUGCUAACGGCCGACUUUGGCUUAUUGGCGUGUUGUAAACAAUGGACAAACGAUCAAAAGCACGGUGAUAAACGUGAGCCCGACUAUUCAAUUUUAGCAAGAUGGAGUCACUUAACACAUUUGAAUCGGAGAUGGAGACUGAUGGACAGGGAAGUUAUUCUCUAUUUCCAUCUCUGGAUAGCAUCGCUGGCCUGUCUGGAACAACUGAUACAUUGGAGGGUGAACCGCCCAGUGAAAUUGCAGCAAAGCCAAACCUCACCUGGCUUGAUGCUUCUCAGAUUGUUUUGGAGGAAGCGGGACAUCCCAUGCACAUAAAGGAGAUCAAGCAACGGAUCAUCGACCGAGGACUUGUUCAGUCCAAUGCAAAGUCAAGUCUGGAAGCGGUCAUGUAUCGCGAGUCUCACAUUAUGUUUCAGACACAAAAAGGCAGCAGGAGAUUCAAGAGGAUUGAGAACAGAAAUGGAGUCUUUGCAUUGCUGACAGAUGAUGAGCGGCAGCAGGCUCUGAAGGCCUUUGCCACCCAAGCCUUCCUAGGCACGCCGCAGCAGAACACGGCCUCCGUUUCAGGAUCCGGGGGCAGCAGUGGCGCUCCCUUUCCAUCCAUAGCCAAUUCAGAGAACAAAGUAAAAAUGAGGAGAGGUACACGUAAAAAAAUGAAUGAAAAGUAUCGUCUGAAGUACCAUCGACUGCGAAAAGCAGCACGUGCCUUGAUAUUUCAAAAUGCAGCUUUGCAUGAUGAAGCUGCCCAUUUAGAAGAGAAGGUUUUAAGAGCAAAGGAAGAGCGGCAAUUGCUGCUGUUGCACUACCAGUCUCUAUCAGAGGGUGACUUUUUACCCACGCCCAGCUCCACCAUUCAUUCCGCUGUGCCACCGACCACAACAGGCUGUGGCUCUGGAGUACCAGCUGGCGUGUGUGGAGCACACAACCUCUCACCAAUUGUAGCAGUGGAUGAGGGGCAAAUUAAAAAACCCAAGAAAGAACGCAAAGAGCGAGCCAGAGAGAAUGGAAAGGAUGAGAUUCCUAAGAAAAUGACAAAAAAGAGAAAACUGGCUGAUGGUUCCCGGAAACUGGUGCAACCCAUCCCACUUGACUCCAGUGGUCGCCCCGUCUUCCCCAUUGUGCUCGGAGGUUUAACAGUGUACAGCUUGGGCGAGAUCAUCACUGACAGAAUGUUUUUCCAUGACGAAUGUGCUAUCUACCCAGUGGGCUUUUGCAGCACUCGGGUUUUUGCCAGCAUGAAAAAUCCCGAGCUACAGUGCCUCUACACCUGCCAAAUUAAAGAUGGAGGAAGCGGACCACAGUUUGAGAUAGUACCUGAAGAUGAUCCCAAGAAUGCCAUCGUGGCUUCUUCUGCCCUGACGUGCCACUCCAACCUGCUAAAGGCAAUCGCCUCAGUCAGUUCCAAGACUGUCGCCCCGAUUGUGCCAUCUGGAGCAGACUUCUUCGGCUUUUCUCAUCCCACCAUACAGAAUCUCAUCCAGAGUUGCCCAGGAGCGCGCAAGUGUAACAACUAUCGAUGGAUACGUUUUGAAGUGUGUCGCCCAGGCGAUGGGCAGAAUUUGAUUCCUCACAGCCUGUCUGACGAUGACCCCUCCAUCAACUUUGAGGCCUAUCAGCAACACCGACGCUUUAGCGACAAGACGGAGCAAAUCGCAGCACAGGCACCGCAGUGUCCUAGUGCCUUGCAUCUGGCUGUUGCCUCGGUGAAGCCGUCGACCUCCUUUUUCAGCUCCUGAAGUUUCGGUGCCUAAAAUGCCCCUAAGGUCAUAACAGUUCUAGAGAGAAAAAAAAUAAAUUAUCGCAAUAAAUACCUUAAAACUAUAUAUUUUUUGUGUGUGUCACCUUCAUCUUUAUUGAUGGCCCUGGUAUGCAUGGAUUUUUGUGUGUGUGUGUCUGCUAUUGUGCCACCAAACAUAAGGUUGUUUAACAUGUGUU